AUGUUAUUCCGACGGGUAGCCUUCAGCUUCAUUGGCCUUCUGCUCUCAGGCCAUGCCGUCGUGUUUGCCCAGACCGCCAGCAGCCCUCCGGCGUGGCAGACGGGUUCCAUCACCGAAGAUGGCACAUGCGGUCCAAACAGUCCGGGAAAGUGGGUGUGCACGCCCACAUGGGGCGCGUGCUGUGGUCCUAACGGCCUCUGCGGCCGCAAGGAAGCCUGCGGGACUGGAUGCCAACCCGGAUACGGCAACUGCAACGCGCCGCCGUGGACGGGCAUUCCCUCGCCGGACGGCUCCUGCGGCGGCACAUCUCUGUACAACUGCACGGGCUCUGCCUUCGGCGCGUGCUGCUCCUCGGGGGGGCGGUGCGGAGACACGACAAGCCACUGCGGUACGGGUUGCCAGCCGCUCUUCGGCAAGUGUCCGCCGAGCAACGUGACGACCGACGGGUCAUGCGGCAGUGCCAACGGCGGCAAUAUCUGCACCGGGUCGGCCUUCGGCGACUGCUGCUCGGCCCAAGGCUACUGUGGGGGCACACUUGCGCAUUGCGGCGCCGGAUGCCAGGCCGGCUUUGGCACGUGCAGCGGUGGGAGCGGUAGCAUAUCGAUCGAUGGGGAGUGCGGCUCAAAGAACGGAAAGACGUGCAAGGGCUCGGCGUUUGGAGACUGCUGCUCUGGUAGCGGUUUCUGUGGCGGCACGGCCGAUCACUGCGGCGCUGGCUGCCAGUCCGGCUUUGGGACCUGCUCAACCCCUUCCAACGUCUCUAGCGAUGGCCGCUGCGGCGCCAAUGGAAAGAGCUGCGCCGGCUCUGCCUUUGGCACCUGCUGUUCCUCCGGCGGCUACUGCGGGGGAACAACAGACCACUGUGGUGCCGGGUGCCAAGCUAGCUUCGGGUCCUGCAGCACCGGCAGCGGAACCAUCUCAACGGAUGGCCAGUGCGGUACCAAGAACGGAAAGACGUGCACCGGGUCCGGUUUUGGAAACUGUUGCUCGCCUGCUGGCUAUUGCGGCACCACAGCCGACCAUUGCACUGCCGGAUGCCAGUUAGGCUUUGGCACGUGUAGCAGCGGAAGCAACACCAUCUCGACCGACGGUAAGUGCGGGUCGAACGGCAAGACGUGCGCGGGCUCCGCCUUCGGCACUUGUUGCUCCAGUGUGGGCAAUUGCGGUAGCACAGCGGACCACUGUGGCCAGGGAUGGUUAGUACUAGUCUCCCCCCCUCUGACAUUAGGAAUACUAUUGCCAGAUAAGGCGGCUGACGAUACAUCCCUGUGGAUAGCCAGAAGAGCUUCUCGAGCUCGUGCAUUAUAA